GUGACACCGCGUUAUCUUGACGCGCGCGGCUGGAGAUUCGGAGACAUCCUGAUAUUCGGCGAAGCAAGCAGUCCCCAGUCCUUCGCCCCGGCUAUACAGGUAGGAUAUGGCAGCGGGGCUCCAACCAUGAAAUAUGACAGCGAGAGGAGCAUUUGACAAAGAACACCCUCUUGCGGGGGUGGUCUUAUGCUUCACGUCCAUUUUGCCUGAGCAGCGUACCGAAUUGGCCACGGUUGCGAGUCAAAUGGGAGCGACACACAAGUUCGACCUGACUUCGGAUGUAACACACCUAUUAGUCGGGGAGACAAACACCCCCAAAUACAAAUAUGUUGCGCGCGAAAGAAGUGACGUUGUUGUGUUAAUGCCGGAAUGGAUCGAAGCUGUAAGGCAGUCAUGGAUCCAAGGUGGGGAUACGGAUAUCAAGGCUUUGGAGGAACAGUACAAGUUUCCUACAUUUGCUGGUCUCUCUAUCUGCAUUACUGGCUUUGACGACUUGGCGUUUAGGAAUCAUAUUCAGAACACGGCAACUGCAAAUGGCGCGGACUUUAGGAAAGACCUCACAAAGAGCGUGACGCACUUGAUCGCUCGAGAAGCAGAAGGGCAAAAGUACAAGUUCGCUACUCAAUGGAAUAUCAAGGUUGUUAGUGUGAAAUGGUUUACGGACAGUUUGGACCGGGGCAUGAUCCUCGAAGAGACACUUUAUCAUCCACUUACGCCAACCGAAAAGCAGGGAAUUGGCGCAUGGAAUAGAUCUGUACCUGCACCCGCCGACAAGAGAUCUGAGCAUACGGACUCAUCCAACCCACGACCUCGCAAGCUGCGUAGAAUCGCUAGUACGAAGCUAGGUGAUCAAAAUGAAGGCAUUUGGGGGGAUAUCAUGGGGAGGGGAUUCGACACUUCUGAUGAGGCGCAAACGGAGACCAACCAACGGAGUGUGGAUGAUCUUCCACCUAUCAAGGCCAGAUCUGUCAUACAGGAAGCCAAAUCAUUUGCAAGCGAGACAACAGUUGCUGGUCGGCUGGAACCCCGCUCUCAGUCAUCGAAUGCAAACCCUUCUGAAAAACAACGGGGUUUCCUGGAUAACUGUUAUUUCUUCAUACAUGGGUUCUCUUCGAAACAGACCAGCGUUUUACAGCAACAUCUGGAGUUCAAUGGAGCCCAGAUUGUGCCUUCUUUGAACGAGUUUGCAAGUCCUUCAAUACCAAAAAUUGGCCAUGGCCUCUAUAUGAUCGUUCCUCAUAAAACUAAACGAUCAGACAUACCUUCAACCGACGACAUGGCAUUCGAGGUGGACAUCGUAACUGAGAUGUGGCUCGAGAGAUGUCUGGAUUGCAGGUCCUUCGUCCCGCCGGAGUCUCAUGUUGCGAGCACCCUGAUUAAUGAAUUCCCAAUCGAAGGGUUCCGUGGCAUGAAAAUAUGUUCUACUGGUUUUGCUGGCAUCGAUCUACUUCAUCUUUCGAAAAUCGUCACUCUAAUUGGUGCUACUUAUGACGAAUAUCUAACACCGAGCGCUUCCGUCCUUAUAUGCAAUGACCCCCGCACAGCAAAUAUUGAAAAGCUACGACAUACGAGGGAAUGGAACAUCCCUGCAGUAUCUGCCGAUUGGCUAUGGAUCUCUAUUCAGACUGGACAGAGAAAAACCUUUGAGCCAUACCUGGUCCAACGAUCGUCGCAGAAGGACAGAUCUAUAGGACCAAGUCCGCUUACAGCCAAUGAGAAGACCAAUGAACGACCACAGAGAGCAAAAGCUCAAAAAGACAAAAAGGUCUCGGCUGAUAAUACUCCUUCCACAGACGACACGAGAAUAAGUGCAGAAAAGGCGGCCCUCAAAGCUUCCGCCGGACAAGAUAAUUUGCCUGCAAAGCCCAGUGCUCCGUCAACUACCAAUGGUAGCUCCGUCAAGGAUCCAUCCACGGCCAUCUCAAUAGACCGACCUAGGGACCCAUCCAGAUCACUUUCUUCAACAAAGGAAAAUAGCAAGGACCUUGCUCCCGGGGCCUCUUCGGAGCGUGGAGAAGAUGAUGACUCAAAACCAUCUGAUGAAUCGAGUAAAUCGAAAGCACUCGGCCUCGCAGUUAGCGGAUUCCUCAAGCAAGUACGAGCUAGUUCUCGCGCCUCUUCGACCAGCGCGGAUACAAGUCAACAAUCUCGUUCGAAGAGACGAAAGCCACUCCUCGGAAGAGCAAGUUCUUUCUCUUCAGUGAAACAAGCUGGGGCCUUUUCCAUUUCACGCGCCAGUUCCAUCGAUACACUCAACGAAGACGGUUGUGGCAGUGGGGCAGAAAGUCUCGAUACUGACACGAACAACGAUAGGCCACCUCGUAACAGCAGGGGCGAGCAGAGUUUCAACUCGAUAAUGAACGGCAAAUUUGACUUCCCUGGUGACCAUCCGCGUCUGUUCCGCGAAGCCAGCCGAGAAAUGGACGAAGAAGAUGAAGCACCAGCUAUGACGCAGCUCAACUACGAAGAUCCAGAUGCUGUUGCCAUGCGAGAGGAAUUCAUGAGGCGCGCCGGUAAAGGGACUGAUACGGCUUCUGGAGCUAACAAACCUUUGGUUGUGGGCGAGGUCAGGGAGCUAGAAGACAUCAACGGAUGGGCAACUGGAAGAAGGACGAGACGGGGAGGAAAGACGACACAACCGGAUCACGGCGCUUUUUGAACCAGUCUUGCAUAUCUGAUUUUCCUUUCCCAGUCCUGUUAAAAUUCCACAUCAAGAACCUGCACUGCAUUUGGCGGCGUUUCUGUUCACGUUAUCAUAUUGACGGCGUUAUGAUGAUUUCAGAGGGAAUGUGUCUACAUAUAUCUCCGGAUGGUAUGGUUCUGUCCAGGAAAGCUUUUCAUCUCCAGCUAGCUAUACAACAAUCAUAUCGCAUUCAUGACG